AGUGACCUCAUCCCUCCUGCAGCUGCAUAGCUAGGCGGAGCUGCAACUUUGCGAAACUUCUGAGUUACAACUGAAACGGAGACUGGAAUUAACAGGAGUUUUACAGGUGAGGGAGUAAAAUAUUUGGGAAUUUUACUUGGUAUUUGUGUUCAGAGGUUAAAGAAGACGGACUGCCAUUCCUUUGUUUUACCCGACAGAACUACUCGUUUUAAUAGAGGAAAGAAAAAUACUUGGAAUUUGUUCAUGAAAGAAAAACGAUUGAGGGAAAAGAAAGGUCCAAGGAGCCAGAAACAAGGCAGAGAAAUCCUUUGACCUGAAAUGGCAGCGCUGUUUUGCUGCAUUUCCUGUAGGCAGCACCUGCACUUUUGCAACGCUGAGGACUGGGGGCUGGUUUUCCAAUAACGUUCAAGCUUAGGGGAAAAAAGAGGAGGUGACCCUCAUUUAUCAAAGUGAGCUGCGCAACCCACGGCUCCAGGUGUCCAGGUGAGAUGAGAGUGCAGCGGGCGUGUCCGGGUCAGUGAGAGGUCAGACAGCGUCUGGAGGGACAGCAUGCAGGCCUGAGUGCCGCGGGAAGCACAGCACGGCGGCCCCGCCCUCGGUCCCCGCGGAGGCGGGCCACGCCCACGCGGCCGGCAUGCCCCGCUGCUGAUCGCCGCGGCGACGAGGGACCAUGACGAGCCUGAAGCGCUCGCAGACCGAGCGCAGCGUCGGGGGGUCGGUCCCGGCCACCGACGAGUUCUACACCCGCCGCCUGCCCAACGGCGGGGCCCCGCCCCCCCGCAGCGAGAGCGCCCACCUGUCCGGCUGCACGCCGGGCGUGCCCAAAAUGGGCGUGCGGGCCAGGGUGGCCGACUGGCCCCCCAGGAAGGACAGCGGCGGGGCGGUGUGGCACGUGGCCUUGGACAUGGACGCCCCGGGCCCCGCCCCCGGCUCCGCCCCCGGCAACGGGCAGACCAACCUGUCUAACAGACUGGGCCACCUGAUGAGCCCGCAGGACUCCAACAUGCUGCGCAACAUCCACAACACGCUCAAGAGCAAGACGCAGGCCGCCGCCGCCGCCGCCGGCCACGACGGCCGCUUCCUGUCCCCCGACGACCAGCGGGGCUCCUCCCGCCGGGGCCCGCGGCGCAUCCGGCAGCGCAGCAACAGCGACAUCACCAUCAGCGAGCUGGACGCCGGCAGCGACGGCGCGGAGGACUGGGGCUCGCCCGGGGCCAAGUGGUCCCCCGUCCACCGGGAGUACGGCAGCACGUCCUCCAUCGACAAGCACGGCCCCUCCGGCGAGAGCUUCUUCGACAUGCUCAAAGGUUACCAGGGCGACAAGCCCGACCAGCGCAGCCCUGCCCCCGACAGGCUGGGCGACCUGCUGACCAUCAGCCACAAGCAGGCGGGGUUCGACCUGCCGGACGGGCCGGUUGCGGGCCGCCGGGGCAGCCCCUCCGCCCGGCUGAAGGAGCGCGAGAAGCCCCUCAAGAGGCGGUCCAAGUCGGAGACGGGGGGCGACUCCAUAUUCCGGAAGCUGCGGACGGCGAGGACGGAGGGCGACUCCUCCCGGGCGGGCUCGGACGCGGAGGACGGGCGGUCCGAAGACGGGGGGCCCCCCCCGAAGCCGUGGGCCUGCCAGAAGGGCUUCGCCCACUACGACGUCCAGAGCGUCCUGUUCGACCUGAACGAGGCCGCCCACAGCCGGCAGACCUCGGCCAAGCUGAGGAACACCACCACGGGGGCCUCGGCCGCCGCCGCCGCCUCCGCCUCCUCCUCGCUCUCCUCCACCCACAGCGCCCCCUACAGCUCGCCCUGCGGCAGCCAGGAGGAGCUGAGCGCCAAGGACGGCGUGGGCCUGGACGCCGGCGACGACAAGAGCAACGAGCUGGUGCUCAGCUGCCCCUGCUUCCGCAACGAGGUCGGGGGCGAGGGCGAGCGCAAGAUCAGCCUGUCCAAGCUGGGCAGCAUCGGCAGCGGGGGCCCCGCCGCGGCGGCGGCGGCGGCCGACGGGAACCCCUUCGAGUCGUCGCUCAGCACCCACUGCACCAACAACGGCGUGGCCGUGCUGGAGGUGCCCAAGGACAGCCAGGGCGUGCACAUGGACCGGGGCAAGCGCUACAUCGUGGAGCACGUCGACUUGGGCUCCUAUUACUACAGGAAGUACUUCUACCUAAGAGAGCACUGGAACUACUUUGGGGUGGACGAGACGCUGGGGCCCGUGGCGGUCAGCCUGCGCAGGGAGAAGCUGGAGGACCACAAGGAUCACGGGCCACAGUACAACUACCGGGUCAUCUUCCGCACCAGCGAGCUGACCACGCUGCGGGGCUCCAUCCUGGAGGACGGCGUGCCCUCCACCUCCAAGCACGGCACGGCCCGCGGGCUCCCCCUCAAGGAGGUGCUGGAGUACCUGGUGCCCGAGCUCAACGCCCACUGCCUGCGGCUCGCCCUCAACACGCCCAAGGUCACCGAGCAGCUGAUGAAGCUGGACGAGCAGGGGCUGAGCUUCCAGCUGAAGGUGGGGGUGAUGUACUGCCAGGCGGGCCAGAGCAGCGAGGAGGAGAUGUACAACAACGAGGCGGCCGGCCCCGCCAUGGAGGAGUUCCUGCAGCUGCUGGGCGAGCGCGUGCGCCUGAAGGGCUUCACCAAGUACCGCGCCCAGCUGGACACCAAGACGGAUUCCACGGGCACCCACUCACUGUACACCACCUACAAGGACUAUGAGAUCAUGUUCCAUGUGUCCACCAUGCUACCCUACACUCCCAACAACAAACAGCAGUUGCUAAGGAAACGGCACAUUGGGAACGACAUCGUGACCAUUGUUUUCCAGGAGCCAGGAGCCCAACCAUUCACGCCCAAAAAUAUUCGCUCACAUUUCCAGCACGUCUUCGUCAUAGUGCGUGCUCACAGCCCCUGCUCCGACAGCACCUGCUACAGCGUGGCCGUCGCUCGUUCCAGGGACGUCCCGUCUUUCGGGCCCCCCAUCCCCAAGGGCGUGACCUUCCCCAAGUCCACGGUCUUCCGGGACUUCCUGCUGGCCAAGGUGAUCAACGCCGAGAACGCCGCCCACAAGUCGGAGAAGUUCCGCGCCAUGGCGACGCGCACGCGCCAGGAGUACCUGCGCGACCUGGCGGAGCGUCACGUGACCAGCACGCCCAUCGACCCGUCGGGCAAGUUCCCCUUCAUCUCGCUGGCGCACAAGCGCAAGGAGAAGAGCCGGCCCUACGGGGGGGCGGAGCUCCGCAGCCUGGGCGCGGUCACCUGGCCCGUGCACGUGGAGGACCACGGCGCCGGGGCGGAGCUGGAGGGCCUGCUGGCCGUCUCCAACGAGCUCCUGGUGCUCAUCGACCGGGAGGCCAAGGCCGUGGUCUUCAACUGCUCCGUCCGCGACGUCAUCGGCUGGACCCUGGGCAGCCCCGCCUCCAUGAAGAUCUUCUACGAGCGCGGCGAGUGCGUCUCCCUGCGCUCCGUCAACAACAACACCGAGGACUUCCGCGACAUCGUCAAGCGGCUGGAGCUCCUGACGAAGGGCUGCGAGACCACGGAGAUGACGCUGCGGCGGAACGGCCUGGGCCAGCUGGGCUUCCACGUCAACUACGAGGGCAUCGUGGCGGAGGUGGAGCCGUACGGCUACGCCUGGCAGGCGGGGCUGCGCCAGGGCAGCCGGCUGGUGGAGAUCUGCAAGGUGGCCGUGGCAACGCUCUCCCACGAGCAGAUGAUCGACCUGCUGCGCACCUCCGUCACCGUCAGGGUGGUGAUCAUCCCCCCGCACGAGGACUCCACGCCCCGCAGGGGCUGCUCGGAGCUCUUCCGCCUGCCGGUGGUGGAGUACAAGGGCGCCGCGGACGGCGUGCCCUUCGAGUACAAGUUCCCCUUCCGCAGCAACAACAACAAGUGGCAGCGAAGCUCCGCCUCCCCCCAGCAGUCCCUCUCCGCCUCCCCGCAGGGCCACGGGGGCGGGCCCGGCCGCGCCGUCAGCCUGGGGGCCAGCGUCGGCAAGGCCCCGCCCUCCGAGCGCGCCGCCGCCAUCCCCCGCAGCGUGUCCAGCGACGGGCGCCCCCUGGACAACAGAAGGUUCUCCCCCGGCUCGGACAACUACGCGCUGGCCUCGUCCGUCGUGAUGGGCCGCUCGGCGCACAACCGCAACUCUCCCAGCAUGCUCUCCUACAGCGACGUGGGCCCCGCCGGCCCCGCCCACUGGAGGCAGAAGUCCGUGCCGGAGGGAUUCGGGGUAAACAGGAACUCCCCGCUGCCCGUGGACAGGCAGAGCGCUGGGGAAGGGGGCGGCAGCAGCAGCGGGAAGUCGACGCCCAAUCGGCCGAGGGCUGAGGAAGGGGGCGGGGCCGGAGGCGGACCUGACAGAACUCCUGCGGAGCCCCAAGUGGCUAAGCCUGCCGUGGCCCAGCCCAACGUACCCCGCAUUCAGAGGCAAGAGCAGGUUAUCCAUCUGUCCCCCAACAAGAACAGCCAGACGGAGACGCCCUACUCCAGCCACUCCAGCAGCAACACGCUGUCCAGCAACGCCUCCAGCGGCGCCCACAGCGACGAGAAGUGGUACGAGAUCGGGGGCGGGACGGGCGAGCGGCCCGACUCGGAGGUCAACGGGUUCGGGGGCGGCAGUGGCUACCUGCAGGGGGCGUCGGCGGACAGCGGCAUCGAUGCCACCUCGUACGGCGCGGCUCACGGCAGCUCGGGCUCUCUGCCGGCGGCGGCGGGCGGGGCGGGCCCCCGGGACAAGGCCGCCUCCCCCUGGCACAGCCCCGCGGAGAGGUCGCCCCUGGCGCCCGACUCCUCCCCCGUCCCGCCAGGAAGCGCCGAGGGGCCCGCCAGGAGCCCUCCCACGUACCCCCUGCCGCGGGACGGCAGCUCCUACAGCCUGAGUGACGCGGCGUCCCACACCAGCACCCUCAGCUCCAGGCACUCUGGGAGUCCGGUGGUCCUGGGCUCCAGCCGAAACUCCCCUCGGGAGGAGUCGCCCUCCGCCACCUCGCCCACCUCCCAGACCUCCCUCUCGCCCGGGCCCAAGUCCUUCUACCCCCGCCAGGGCGCCACCAGCAAAUACCUGAUUGGCUGGAGGAAGCCGGGGAGCACCAUCAACUCAGUGGGCUUUGGAGAGACGCGCAAGAGGCACCAGAGCGACGGGCCGGAGGUGAGGCAGCCGCAGCUCAAAGCCACCAUGAGGGACCUGCAGUCUCCACAGCGCCUCACCAAGUCCACCGUGGAGGAGGACCUGAAGAAACUCAUCGCCCUGGACAGUCCCCCUCCCACCAGCAAGGAGCACAAGCCCUCCUUCUCUGGCUCCGCCCCCGGCCGGCGCUCGCUGCACCGCACCCUAUCGGACGAGAGCAUCUACAGCGGGCAGCGGGACCCGUCCUUCAGGGUGGAGCCGGCCCUGCCCAGCGAGGCGCUCUUCACCUGCUCCACGGUGCCGCGCUCGCCCACGGUCCGCGGCGUGGCCCUCCGCCGGCCCCCUUACGCGCUGGGGGCCAAGCUGCACGGUGACCUCUCGGCCUCGGAGACGUCCCUCUCGGAGCUGCAGGACCGGCAGAGGCAGCCGCAGCAGGACCCAGGCCUCAUGCCCCUCCCGGACACCGACGCCGACUCCGGCCUGGACUGGUGCCACCUGGUGGACGCCGCCAAGGCCUUCGAGGACCAGAGAGCCUCCCUCUUAGCUGCUAAAGAUGUGAACCACAGGCCAGAGAGCACAGACUCCAACUCCCAGCAUGCUGAGCCUCAGGCCACCCCGCAGCCUCGCCCCUCCCUUGGUGAGGUCCCUGCCGGUCUGCUGGGGAAGGUCAGUCAGCUGGAGUCCAUGGUCAGGCUGCUGCAGGAGGACCUGCAGAAGGAGAAGGAGGACAAGGCUGUGCUGCAGGCCCAGAUCCAGUCCCUGCGGGAGGACAACCAGCGGCUGCAGGAGGAGUCCCAGAACGCCUCGGCCAAGCUGAAGAAGUUCACCGAGUGGGUGUUCAACACCAUCGACAUGAACUGAGCCGGCUCCGGCCACCUCUUCCUCCUCCUCUUCCUCCUCCUCCGGAGGCCACGCCCCUUAGGGACCAGCGCACGCCUGAAGACAUUCCAGUCGUACCCUGUUUGCCGGGCCUGUGUACAGCUCAAUCAGCACCCCCCCCCCCCCUUCCUUUCUGACGAGGAGCCCGCCGGUCGCGCAAAACCGACCCUGACCCCCCCCCCCCCAGUCCCCCCCCUCCACCCACCCACCCGCCGCCCGUGGCAGGACGUGACCGCUGUAACAGUUCCUUAAUUUCCUGUUGUUGCCGCAGGAGCGCUCUGCGCGCGACCUCCUCGCUUGGUCAUUCCGUGCACGUCCAGUUCGCUCCCGAGCCGAUCCUAUCGGCGGUGUGCACGCCGUGCCCGCUCUCUCCGUUCCGCCGCCCGCACGGCGGGCACAGCGGUCGGCCCGCUCGCUCUCCCCCGGGGCGCAGCGGGGCGUGCGGGGGCGUCGGCGCGGCGCGGCCUGCUCCCGGUCUGUCCUUGCCGCUUCCUGAACCGCGCGCUCGUAGAUAAAGACCGUCAGGACCUCGCGCUGACAGAUGUCAGGAACGUCUAAUUCAAGGUUUAGAAACGACAGCACGCCUUUCUCUCUCGCCCAGACUGGCUUUCUCUCCGAUAAAACGGUCAGUUGACGUCGGUUGCUUGUCCGUUCGUACCCAGACCCCUCCCCACAGGUCCGCAGGUCCUCUGGCUUCCACCAACAUUUUAAAUAUGGUUUAUUAAUGUAUAUUUGUUUUAGUAAUCGAUCCGCAUUAACGUGAAAAGUACGGUUUGAGACGUGUGUAAAGGGGACUGGAUGGGAGAGAUGUUUCGGCGAACCCCAGCGCAUUUCUGUGGGGUGACGUGGCCGGCGCCACGCUGGCCGAAAUGUCAGGUGACAGCGUAUAAUGGAUCAUCUUUCCCAGAAUGCCCUUGGCAUGUUAAUAUUUCAGUUGGCUUAUUUGAUUUUGAAGUGUGGGAGAAAAAAAAAUACAUUGUAUUGGGGUGCCAUAACAUGUUAAUAAGCAAGUGUAUGUAAGUAAUUGAAUAGUACAAAUCUUCCAGAGCAAUAGAAAUGAGCUUCUAGUUUUUGUAUUUGUUUUUUUGUUCAGUAAAAAAGGAAAGUUAGAUUCCUUUGUUAAAUACUUAAGUUGUGCUCGUUUCUAAUAAAACCGUUGACCACUUCAAAUAAAGUGAUCGGACAUCUUGAGUUUGUGAAAUCAUGUACUGAAGUGAACGAGGCUAGCCGUUCUUUGUCCUAACAACUUUUGGAAUGUGCAUUUCAAAUAUAUGGGAAAUUGAUUGAUUUGAAAUUGUGGAAUUUAGUUUGGUUAAUUUAUUUUUUUUAAUAAUAGAAAAUAUGCACACAGCAUAACGGUGUAAAGUUACGGUGUGUACAGUAGGUUAUUUAGGAGGACCAUUCCUAUGAUUUAAGUAACCCUUUCUGGUGUUAUUUCAUCGCUGUUAUUGUGGUGAUGCUUUGUAUGUUUUUAUUGUCUUAAAAGAUUGCACUCUGUGCCAUUUUAUAGCUUUCUUUAUCUACAGUGCCACCUAUUGGUUUUAAGGGGUAUAAGACAGGAAAGAGGAAAUCAGUCCUUCUCACACAUGCUUCAUAUUCGUAAACCACAGGUGGUCGUAUAUCUUCAUGAAUUAGCCUUUAAUUUAGCGGGCCGGCUCAGAACUGUCUGUUCUGACACCGAGGGAACAACGUGCUCGUGUUUAUGACCGCGCAUUAGGGGUAUUCACUCUGAAGGGGUCGCACUCUCUGUGCUAGCCGCAGGGGAGCUACAUGUAUCGCCACUACUUUAUAGCAGCAGGGAGAGAGAAAAUAGCCUUUUGAAGGAUGACCCCUCCCCUCUGGGGUUAAAGUGGAAAUGAUGUCGUACGUCACGUGCAGUAAAGCCAGCGCUGACCAGCGCCUCGUUCUACCCAGAACCAGGGUGGAUCGGCGCGCCAUUUUUGCUGUUUUUUUUUUUUUU